AUGGCAGCAGGAGAACUGCGGCAGCGACAAGAGAUGCUCAUGAGGAACCAGCUGAUGGCAGUGAACCCUCAGCUGAUGGGCACAGCCCAGCAGAGAAUGCAGGCGAUCCCCUCCCAGUUCGAGCCUCGGCUGGUGGACAGAGAUUUGUUACCUUCAACUGAAAUGACGGCCGCAGCCGACCCGAGACAAAUUCAUAUCGCGUCCCACCUGGGGCCCGCGGUCCCACCUCAUGGGAACAUGCCCAACCUGCUGUCCAACCGCAUCUACCCGGGCCCAGGAUAUGGCUUUCUCCAACCAGAAUCCAUGGAGGCUGUGGCCAGAAGACAAGAACUGGUCCAGAAGCAAAAUAUUGCCAGAAUGGAGAUGGAGAUGAGCGCUAUUUUUCAGCAAAAAGAAAUGGAGAAAGCUCAUCGGAAAGGACUGCUGAGCCUGGAAGCACCUUUCCUUUACCACGGGAUGCCGGCCAGUCCCAUCGCCUUCCGUGGCAGGCACAGGCUGCCUGAAGGACACCUUCCCAGUGACUUGUACGUUCAUCGGACCACCCUCGACGAAAUCCACGGCAACACCAUGCUGAUGGCCACCAGCCCUUACCCCCCAGUCAGCACCCUGCAAAGGGAGAGGGGCCGCCGGCCGGGGAGGAGAGCUGCAAAUCACAAAGCUGCAGAUUGCGGGGCCAACGGCACCAAGAGCCAAGCCGAAGACAAAACCACGGACCUCGCUUCCACUGCGGUAGAUGAUGAGAAAGAAGACAAGAAAGAAGCAGAGGUGGAGACGCCAAACAAACUUGAACAAAGCAAAAACCAGACGGAGCCAUCUGCAGCUGCCAAGAACUGCAAAGAGUUAGAACAAGGCUUGAGAAAAAACUGUGCUACUCACGAAAUCUCUGCUGAAACCAACAGCUGCAACAACACGAGCGAGAAGGAGUCUAAUAGCUCGUGUGCUGCGUUUGAUGACAAGUACAUGUACCCUUCUGCAAUCCCAUUCUCGGCACUACCGUAUGGAUUUCCAGUUCCCAGCAACCCACUGCUACCUCCAGGAGCACAUGGCCUGAUCCUGAACGGAGAAGACAUUUCCACCAUUGAAGACAUUCGCAAGUGGACGGUUGAUGAUGUGUACAACUUCAUCAUUAGCCUCCCAGGCUGUUCCGAUUAUGCCCAGCUAUUCAAAGACCACGCGAUCGAUGGAGAAACCCUCCCCCUGCUAACAGAGGAACAUCUCCUAGAUACCUUGGGAUUAAAACUCGGACCAGCAUUAAAAAUCCGCUCUCAGGUAUUAUCAAAUGUACCAAAACCAGCAAGUCACAGAGAUGUGAGAGAUUCAGAAGUUAGCAAGAUGAUUUUUUUUCCAAACAAAACCACAUUUUUUUUCUUGCUGAUAAGCUCAUCACUGUAAUAGUGGGGGAAAAUAAAUUCAUCCAGCAUGGUUCGCUUUUGCUUCUCUGCAUGAAACAGCGGGGAGACAGUGGAGGUGGGGGUGUCAGGACUGACAGUUUGAGAGCUGCUCAGAGCAGAUUCAGGACACAGCAGCGCUGGAGGCUAGGCUGAGGCUGCUGAUGGAAAGAUGUUUGAUGGAUUUACUCCCUUGUAUUCCUCUUUUCCC